AUGGCUGAGAACGGCAAGUUCCUCUGCUACGCUCCGAACCACAAGAUCACGAAAUGGAUCCCCGUGCGCAACAACACGGACAAGGUAGUGCAAGAGAAGCUAGACUCUGUGGUUUUUGGGGAGCCGGACCCAGAUGCUGCUCCAGCGGCCCCAACGGCCGUUGAAUCACCCGGGGUCAAAAGACGAUCAAGCUUUGACAUGAGAAGUGCAAGCGAGGAGGAACGGAAGACAAAGAAUCAGCAGCACUCGGUUGGGGUUGCUUCUUGGACCUUGCCGGGGGGGGGCAUAGCAGUAGACAGAAAGUCAGGGCCGCUGCCCCACGCACCAGGGCUCGUGCUAGUCAGACCAGUCAUCUUCUCAACUAAAGAUACUAUGAUCGCCUUCAACGGCUACCUUUCCAACGCAACUGAGCUCAUCGGCACAUUCACCACCUCAAGAACUGUGUACGAGACCAAACUUGGCGGCCUCAUCCGGCGCGAGGCGGUGGUCCCCCCGGCCUGGAAACUCUGCGGCAACAAGGACACGCUGGAGGCGGAGGUGGUGCUCCGCAUGUACGAGCACCUGGGCGCCGAGAAGGCCCUCCCGCUGCUGCGCGGCCGCUUCGCCUUCGCGCUCUACGACUCCAGCAAGAACCGCGUCUUCGCCGCGCGGGAUCCCUCCGGCCACUGCUCGCUCUUCGAGGCGGAAGACGAAGACGGCGGCCUGCUGAUUUCGUCCUCCGAGGGGGUCACCGUCCCCGGGUGUUUUGACUGGGAUGAGAUCCCCCCGGGGCACUUCGUGCUGGGCCGCCGGCGGGGGCUGCAGCGCUAUGCGGAGCCGGACGAUCCCGAGUAUCUGAAGAAGAUGGAGGAGGCCAAGGCGGCGCGCGAGUUCGAGCAAGAGGCGCAGAACGAGCUGAGCGCGGGCGAGCGGUACAACAAGCUCAUGGCGGGGCUGCGCUACCAUGACAAGCCGGGCGGUGGCGUCACGCGGAGCGACUCGUUCACCCACGUGGGGUCGCCCCCUAAGCCCGGUCGGCCUCCUCAUCCGUCGCACCCAAAGGCCAGAGCUGCGGCUGUCGUGGGCCACUAA